UGAAGAUCCGAUUGAAGAUCGGAUUUUUCGCGAUCUCAGCCCACCGCUCCACCGCCCCAACUAAUUCCCUCUCUCCGACUGAAAUAAAACGAAGACGCGGCGAAGAGAUCAUCAUCUGCUCCCAUUUACUUCGAGGUAGAGACGCCUAACGACGUUGGAGAGGAUCGAAGGAAGAAAGAAUGGCGGCGGAGAACAAGAAACCGGAGCUCUUCGAACUGAGUAAUGGCACUAUCACCGCCAAAAUAACAAACUUGGGAGCCACCAUCACUUCUCUCCUCGUCCCCGAUGCCCACGGAAAUCUCUCUGAUGUGGUGCUUGGCUUCGAUUCUCUCGAUUCGUACCGCGAUAAUCCACCUUACUUUGGCUGCAUCGUUGGCCGGGUUGCAAAUAGAAUCAAACAAGGGAAGUUUACUUUUAACGGGGUCGAAUAUUCCCUGGCCAUCAACAACGGACCAAACAGUCUCCAUGGUGGUAAUAAAGGCUUUAACAAAGUGCUGUGGGAGGUUGUAGAAUAUAACAAUGAUAAAAACCCAUCAGUCACCUUCAAGUAUCAUAGUAAAGAUGGAGAGGAGGGUUACCCUGGAGAUGUUACUGUCAUGGCAACUUAUUCUCUUCCUUCAAGCACAUCAUUGAAACUUGAAAUGGAAGCUGUGCCGCUGAACAAGCCUACUCCUAUCAACCUAGCGCAACACACGUACUGGAACUUAGCUGGUCAUAACUCUGGCAACGUGCUUGGGCAUUCAAUUCAAAUAUGGGCUUCUCAUGUAACCCCAGUUGAUGAGAACUCAAUUCCCACCGGGGAACUCAUGCCAGUCAGUGGUACCCCCUUUGAUUUUACAACAGAAAACAAGAUUGGUAGCAGAAUCCAUGAACUUGCUGUUGGAUAUGAUCAUAACUAUGUGCUGGAUUGUGGAGAAGUGAAAUCGGGCUUAAAGCAUGUGGCUAAGGUGAAGGAUCCUUCAAGUUCAAGGGUCCUGAACUUAUGGGCUGAUGCACCUGGUGUCCAGUUCUACACUGCCAACUAUGUUGAUGGUGUUGUGGGUAAAGCAGGUGCUGUAUACCAAAAGCAUGCAGGAUUGUGCUUGGAGACCCAGGGAUUCCCAAAUGCCAUCAACCAGCCAAACUUUCCUUCAAUUGUGGUUCAGCCUGGCGAGAAGUACAGGCACAAUAUGCUGUUUGAGUUCUGCACUGAGUGAGUUUUUCUAAGGGAUUCUCAUUUGCUAAGGUUCAUGGAAUAAAAUUUUGUAGUUCUGAGAAAAAUAAAAUGAACUGGAGCUGGAUUAUUUAAAUAAAUGAUUUUUUUCUCUUUUUCUUUC